AUGAACAAAAACUAUCAACUUUGCACAUUGGAAGUAACUGUCUGCUAUUCAAACGUCGUACUAUUAUCUGAUUGUGUUWUCAGGCCUGGRUUGGAGCAGUUUAAGUUAAARUACAGAGARUAUGUUGAGCCUGGGCGGAAUGUGUCUCAUCUACUGGACACUGUYCUUGCUAAGUACGAUAAACGAAUACGACCAUUCUAUGGAGUGAAACCCUUAAAUGUUGGAAUUGAUAUUCUGAUUCUGUCGUUCGGAGAACUCGAGGAAGCCAGCAUGGAAUACACAGUUGAUAUGUACUUGGGACAAUUCUGGCAGGAUCCAAGGCUAGCGUUUGGUUUAGACCGAUACAUUAUUCUUGGCGGAGAGGCGUCCGAGAAGCUCUGGGUCCCAGACACAUUUUUUGUCAACUCCGUAGAAAGCAAGAUUCAAACGCUCAUGUUUGUAAAUAAGAAAAUUUGGAUAAGUUUGAAUAAUGGUACCAUGAUGCUUAGCGCAAGGUUGGUCAGCCGUAACUCGUGCAAGUUUGAUUUACGGAACUACCCUCUCGAUGAACAGACUUGUCAUCUGGCUUUUGAAAGCUUUUCUUAUUCAGAGAAAGACUUGCUGUAUAGAUGGCGCAAUCAGUCCAUAGGUAGCGAUAUUCAUGUGUAUGAUCGAGAAAUGGCACAGUUUGAUAUCAAGACAGCCAAGAGAUACCUCAAACACAAAGUCUACCACUCAGAUUACUUCUCUGGUCUGACCGCUACGAUCGUGUUCAAGCGUAGAGCAGCCUACUACAUUUUCCAGAUGUACAUCCCAUGUGUGUGCAUUACUGCGCUGUCCUGGGUCAGUUUCUGGAUCAACCACGAGGCGGUGCCAGCACGUGUUGCUCUUAGUAUCACGACAGUCCUUACUAUUAGUUAUAUGAGAGGUUCCGUUAACGCCAAUAUGCCGCGGGUGUCUUAUUUAAAAAGUAUUGAUUAUUUCUUACUGGUUUCUUUUGUGUUUAUAUUUCUAACGCUGGUUGAAUAUGUACUCGUUUUAACCUACGCACGAAAGCAAAAAACCCGCAAGUCAAAGGAGGCAAACUCUAAUGAUGAGAAUUCUGACGAUGAAAUGGAAAAGAAACCAAUGCUAGUAACUGUGUCUGUUGGCAACAGAAGUUAUAACUUUUCCAGUUGUCUUGACAAUGUAGAAAAUGGUGAUGGAAUUGUCCUUAAAGAACGACACCAGAAGAUGCCUCUUCUUGCACGCUCCACGGACAGCCCCCUCUCCUUUAGAGGAGCAAAACAAAACGGCUGCGCUAAUUCUGGUAAAGAGCAGCUUUACAUUGUUUCACAAGAUCAAAAACCUAAGAGCAAUCUGCUUGGUUGCCACUGGCUGGACAACUAUUCCAGGUUUCUAUUUCCUCUUGCUUACGUGGUAUUCCUGGUCGUCUACUUUGUUUACUACACGAACGCAUACAGCGRAAAACCGUGAAACAAUGUUGGAAACGCCGUGUUUGAAAAGUGGACAAAAGAUAAAACUCUAGAAUAAACGAAGAUAAAUGGAGGACCAAAGCGCUUUUUGAUAUGAAGAUACCUUGUAAAAUGUAUUAGUAAAGAGGCAUGAUACUGUCCCCCUCCCCACUGGGGUACUUUGUGGAUGAUUGCAGGACUAUCAUUAUAGAACCACCAUUAUUGGAUUUUUCAAGACACUAUUUAUCAACUGUAAAUGACAAAUUAUUUUCUACGGAUUGCUUUUUAUAUUACUAAAUAAUAAUCAUGUCUGUAAUAUUAUGUUUUUAUAGACAUUUUUUAUCAUCAACGCUCACUUCAAAUUUAAAUGGCGUCUUCGAAGUACCAUGUUCUUUUGAUAGUUGGAUGGAAACCUUGAGAACUGAUGCCUUAAACCCGUGAAAUCCAAUGAGUAGAAUGUAAUGUAGUACUGACAGUGUAGUGAGCAGGUUAAAACUAGGACUCAUCUACACUUUCAAUAUUACAUUUUGGUUCACGGAUUUUGCGUAUUGUCGAUUUCACGUGUUUAUGGAAACUCGAUAAAAAGAGUUAUGCUUAUUUGAGUGAGGGCAUGAUUUAAAGAAAUGGUUUUCAUUGCCGCCAUGUUAUUUUACCACAUCAUUUAAUAUGGAGCUGGAUACCAUAUAUAGCCACAACCAGACCCAGGAAUUUCAGAAAGUGCAUGUUCGAAGCGACCGCAGUUACAGUUGUCGGAAAGUCCUCCUAGUAGAAAAUACUUCAAAAGACAUUUUACUGAGGCAGACCUUAAUUACUGCUGCCUUGUCUAUGGCCUUAUAAAUAAUUAGCUUUGGUUUAAAUAAACCUAUUUCAAUAAACUA